AGACGCUCUGGGCGGUCGCGCGGGAAGGCGACUCUGUUCCUUCCCCCCGGCAGACGGCUUCUGGGCAGACGAGUGCCCGAGGGCGGCUGCGAACUGCGAUGGCUAUAUGUCGCGUUCUUCUAUCUCUCGCCGUUAUGUUCCCCUUGACACGCUGACCAAGGUGUCCUCCAUGCUGAUCCCGCCGCAGCUCCUGUGCUAUAACUUGCAUUGACUCGUGCGCAGUCUCUACACCCGGCCUCGAGCCUGCUACUACUAUGGCUACAGCACGCACACGCCACAUCCCACCCAGAAGCCUCAGCCUGCCCGUAGGACCCCUGCCCAUGUCGCCACCCUCCGCGUCGUCGUCCAUGUCGGGCUCUUCGCUCUCACCCACCUCACCCAGCUCCAUAGCGAAGAAGAGUUCGUUGCUGCACCUGAGUUACCACAGUCACGCGCCAUCAAGUUCGGCCGCCUCGACCUCCAGCGGGUCGACGUCGAAGAGCUUCGGCACGAGCCUGCUCGAGGCGUACCACGAAUGGAAGGAAGCGGACGACGCCCUCCAACGCCUACAACUCGAAGAACGCGAUCGGGACGAGUGCAGUGCCGAGCUUGCCGCCGCGAAGAAGCUGGUCGAGGGCCUGAAGACGGAGCAGGAUGCCGCGCGGUCGCCGGGGAAGCGGAAGGUGACGCGGAAGUCGUCGACGAUCGCGUUCUGGAAGCACAAGAACGCGCCGCAUGUGCCCUUCCAGGACGUCCCCGCGCCGGACAGCAACUUGGAAGACCUCGCGGAGGCGAGUGUGCGCGAGGCGGGGCUCGAGCGGGAGAGCCACCGGCGCACGACGAAGGUACGCCCGGCGGUCGAGGCGACGAAGGCGUUGGCGGCGACCCUCGAUGGCUGCUAUGAUAAGCUGAGGAGGAUGCUUGACGGAGGCCCCCUCCCGUCGUGGCGGUUCACUGAGGGGAAUGAACAGGCCAUCAUACGAGCAGAGAAGACCGUCACCGCUCGUGAACAGUCAUAUGAGGAUUGCGUUGCCACCACGGAAGUGCUCAAACGGGCGCGUCUUGCCGUCCAGUCCGCUCACCACCACUACACCGAAGCGAUGAACCUCCUCGACAGCGUCUGCAGCCCGAGCCGGAACGGCUUCAUGGCUGCCCUAGGCGACGAGCAAAGCAAAGCACAGACAUACCGAGAAGCGGCAGUGUGGUCUCAGAAGGCACAUCUCUGCCUGCAAUCGUGUCUGGAAGCGCUCAAGCCCCACAUGGAGCUGCUGGACCACGAGCAGAUCGUCGCGGCGGAGCAGCUGAAGGAGGUGGGGCUCCUCCAAGGCGUCAGGCUCUACGACCUCAUGUACGGCGGGAAGGCACUCGCCUUCGGCAUCACACAGCAAGUGGGCAUCAUGGUCGGCAAGCUCGACGCGAUCUACCGACUCCUCACGAAUUUCGCUGUCGCGGUGCAGAACUUCACGGAGAACUGCCAGAGCGUGCAGGAGGCCGCGCGGCAUAGCCGGGACGUCGCCCGGCGGGAGCUCGUCGCGCUCUGGAUGAGCGACAGCUCGCAUGCAUACAGUGCGGGUCGCCAUAGGAAUGGCACCGUGUAACUUCUCCCUAUUAUCCUUCCCUUCCUCUCUGGCCUUCUUUGACGUGCUCUCUCGUUCUCUUCUUAGUCUCGUGCGGGUUGUUUUGAUGAUCUAGAUUAUUGCUUCAGCUUACUUGGUUGGGUCUCUACUGUUCUGCUGUUUUCUUGCUUAUUACCACACUCGUUAAGUCUCUGUUGUGUACUGAUCCCUCUGCAGAAGUUCCAAAAAUUGUUGUACUGUCCCGUAACUAGUCGACAUCCUUACAGAUGUGACCUUAGUCAAUAGAAUAGAAUCCUGUAUACCAUUCGAGCUGCAUCGCGUGCUACGCAGUGCACUCCAGACUUAUGGAGUUCUACCGUCUCCGAUGGAUGCACGCGUAAAUCGCCGCUUGCGUUCUCUC